AUGAAUCUACUCACGAUCUUCUGUAUCAUUGCUAUUAUUGGCACAGUCUCCGCUAGAUAUGUCUAUGAAGACGGUAUCGAUCAGGACCUGAAAGACUAUCAGGUUACGGCUGCAGUAUUUCCAGUUCAAACAACUACGAAUGCAAUGACAACUGUCGUAACAAAUUCGGAUGUAAUUGGGGACAAUGUGAAGGAUUUAUGGGAAGAAAGUGUCGAUGCAGGAAUGCGGAUAACUCGUAUUGUUGAGAUUGUAAUGGGGAAAAAAGGACAGCUUAAAGUAGUACCCUCCGACUUAUGUAAAUUACAUCGCGUUUAA